AUGGCUCUUUCUAUUCAAUCCCUUUUGAUCCUUUUCACAACUUUGCUUCUCAAAGGAACUCUGUUAGUGGCAGAAACAUGCAGCAACUGUUUCACUCAUUCACGAGCAGCAUACUACCCAAACUCUGAUGAACAGGGAACAGAUGUUGGAGCAUGCGGUUUUGGUUCUUUUGGAGCAACAAUAAAUGGUGGAGAUGUAUCGGCAGUAUCUGACCUCUACCGCAAUGGUGUUGGUUGUGGUGCUUGCUACCAGGUGAGGUGCACCAACAGCAACUAUUGCUCAGACAAAGGUGUGACUGUAGUUAUAACUGAUCAAGGUUCAAGUCAUGACACUGACUUUAUCCUGAGUCAACGAGCCUUUGGUAGGAUGGCUCAGACAAAAGAUGCAGCUGCAUCUCUAUUAGCCCUUGGAGUGGUCGACAUUGAAUAUAGGCGUGUUUCAUGCAGCUAUCCGAACAAAAAUAUUACAAUCAAGAUUGAUGAGAACAGCAACUACCCUCAUUAUUUUGCAUUUGUUUUAUGGUAUCAACAAGGUGACAAGGAUAUCACAGCCGUGCAGCUAUGUGAGACUCAGAACUUUGUGUGCAAGCUGUUGGAUAGGAGUCAUGGAGCAGUAUGGACAACCAAUUCACCCCCAAGUGGUCCAUUGUCUUUAAGGAUGUUAUUGAGUGGGGAGGAUGGAGAUGAGUCAUGGAUUAUUCCUGUAAACAACAUACCAGAAAAUUGGAAAGGUGGAGAGACAUAUGACACAGGAGUUCAAAUUAAUGUCUAGAAAUAUACACCAGGGUCUUUCAGUUCUUUGUUCUAGCAAUAUAACUAUAAGAAUAAGUUCCCGGCUUUCUUCAAAUAUGUUGGUUAGUAUAUAUUUUAUUAUUUUGUGUCAAAGGGAGGGAUGACGAACUUUAGCAAGAUAAAUUCUCAUGUAAUCUAAUAUUUUGUCAACUAAUGAAAUUUUAUGUUUCUUAAAAGAAA